CGAAUCGGGACUCCACAUCGACGGCCGCUCGGCAGGGCCAAGAUGUCUAGUGAGGUGCAGAGACCAGAUGAUAGCCCCAGCACAAGCGGAGGGAGUUCAGAUAUCGAGCAGCGGGAGACGGCACCUCCUCAGCAGGAGCGGGAUCUGGUUGCGCCCAAGAAGAAGGAGACUAAGAUCUCCAGUAAAACCGCAGCCAAACUCUCCACCAGUGCCAAGAGGAUUCAGAAGGAGCUUGCAGAAAUAACACUUGACCCUCCACCGAACUGCAGCGCUGGUCCCAAAGGAGACAACAUCUAUGAAUGGAGGUCAACUAUUUUAGGACCGCCGGGCUCUGUGUAUGAAGGAGGGGUGUUUUUCCUUGACAUUGCAUUUACACCAGACUACCCGUUUAAACCACCCAAGGUAACGUUUCGUACGAGGAUCUACCACUGUAACAUCAACAGUCAGGGUGUGAUCUGUCUGGACAUCCUGAAGGACAACUGGAGUCCUGCUCUGACCAUAUCCAAGGUGCUGCUGUCCAUCUGCUCUCUACUCACAGACUGCAACCCUGCUGAUCCUCUGGUCGGGAGCAUCGCCACACAGUACUUGACCAACAGAACGGAACAUGACAGAAUAGCCAAACAGUGGACGAAGAGAUACGCCACAUAAAGCAGCCACACACACACACACUUACACACACACACACACACACACACUCUAUAUUCCCCUCAGCCCUACUGUGCCUCUACCUCUCCCCGUCUGCUGAAAGCACACUCACCAAGUGCAACAAUACAUCUGGCCCUCUUCCUUCCAACUUCCUGUAGACCUUUCUGUGAACAAACUCCUGUCCUUUGUUCCUUGUUGACUUGAAAGCUUCUUUUGAUACAAAGAGUAGAUUGGGACUUUAUUUUCCAAUUAUCUGAAUGUUUGAAGUACCUUAGGAGAAAAGGAAUACUAUUGUUAUUAUUACUGUUAUUAUUAUUAUUGUCCUUAUUGUAUGUAUAUGCUUUCUUUUUAAGUGGCUUCAGGAACAAAUACAGAUUCUGAGUUGUUGUUUUUUUUUUUUUCUUCUUCUUCUUCUCAUCGCCGUAAAAGUGUAUUACUUUAUUAUUUUUGUUAGUUUCUCCUUUUGUUAGGAGUCCGUACUAUUUCCAUGCAUGAUAAACGGCAUCCAUCCGACUCCAAAACUCUCUUGCCCUCUUGUUUUUGUUUGUAUGUAUUUUUUAAAACUCAAAAGUCAUGGCAGCCACUUGACGAUAGGCUUGCUUGUGAAUUAAAAAAAAAUGUAAAAUGUUCAAAAAUAAUAAUAAUAAUGUGUACAUAUUGCUACAUGCCACCUCUGGCCAGAAUGGACUGUUGUGCACUUGCUUCAUGGAAAAAAAACACCAUAAAUAAACACUGUGGCUGAAUUGUCA